AUGAAAUGGUAAUUCUCAAAUUUACGUUUAUGCAAAUUUUGGCAUUGCGUAAAGUUGUGGGAAAAUAUUUUUAGUUUUUUUGAAAGGGAGUCUAAAUUUAACUUUGCUUGCUUUGCUCUUGCAUUAAAACUACCUUGAAAAAUGGCUUGCCGACAAUUAAUACUCCAGUGUUAAUACUCUAAAGAUCUUUAGAGUAUUAAUUAUAUAUAUAUAUAUAUAUAUAUAUAUAUAUAUAUAUGUAUACGCGAUAGCAUUUUGUGCGAUUUCCGGAAUAUUAAUGGGGUCAGAACCAAUGUUGUCAGUUAACUGCGCAUAUGUCUCACAAUGCUUAGACAACGGUUUAAGAGAAAAUGUUUAAAUAUAUCUGGCAAACAAUUUCUAUCAAAUUGUAUUUAGGCAUGAAUAUAUAUAUAUAUAUAUAUAUAUAUAUUCGCAUCUCAAUACAAUGUCGACAACAAACAGAAGCCAACCCACAAUGACAUGUCGAGAGUGGAGUAUCGACUUAUCAUCGACUUCUGUUAGGAUAUCUGCUGGUCUACUGACUUUGCGUGCUUAAUUUCCGCUGCUGAAUAAACACGUGUGUAAUUGCUCGUCGAUACAUCGCUUUCCUAUAUUUGGCACUCCUCUGUUUUUCGGUGGAUUGUUUUUAGGUGCAUGUAAGUAAGUAUUGUCAGGAGCCUGAGAUCUUAGAUAAUCUACAUUGGUCGCCAGUCGAAAACACGAAAAUGCAAACUGCAAGCAAAUCUUCUGUUGCUCAGCUUAUGCGUAUUCAUUUUCGGAAUAUAUUUUAUAGUCUACGAAUGGAAGAGAAUAUGCGCAUUCCUGGCUCUUGUUUAAAAGAAGACGGAGGUACGACUACUGAAACGGUAGCUUUAUUGUCCCUAGCUUUCGAACUCGAGCAGGAAUUCAUAAUUAGAGACUGUUAGAGUGCAGCAACGUGUGAACAUUUAUGCCGUUGUACCUUAAGGGGGUUACAUCCGUAGCUAGGUCUUGUCCGUGCUCCCUAUUCCACAAUGGCCUCCCGUCGUGGUGACGGCGUUUGUCCUUCGAGGCGGUGUGAGCUGCGCCACCUGGCUGCGUGGGCGUCAUGCGUGAUAACACUCAGGCAAGUUAAUGUGUUUAUUGGUGGAGUUCAUUUUCUGACACCCACGCCUCUAACAGUUCCCGGCACGCGCCAAAUAUCCGCGUGUUGGCGAAGUCGAACUCAUGGCCUUCUUCCAGCGUGUGAGUGGCAACUUGAGGUAGUUGGCAGCCUCUGCGAACGGCUCGUUUGUGCUCAAGUAUGCGUGAUCUGAGAAGUCGUCCUGCUUGGUUUGUGUAAUGGCAAGGACAGUUAUGGCACGGUAUUUGAUAGCUACGUCCAAUCACUCACCUGUGUCCAGCCAAUCCUUUACCUUCACGAUUCUGCUACGCGUGAUAGCAGCCGGAUGAUGGGUGACACGCACGCCUAACUUUGUUGCAAUGCGUUCUGCGGACACAUUCUUUAUGUACGGUAGGGAAUACCGAAUUGUUGAUGUCUCUCUUCCGUUUGUCCGUCGUGGGUGCGUACGUAUGCAGCAGCUGAUGAAAAUAUUUGGAUGAACGUUCUUCGCCAAUUGUUCCCUGAGGUACUGCAGUUCUUGCACCAUUCCUUUAGGCUCGCUACAGUGCGUUUUUACCCGGUAGAAAAGCGUCCUCAGACAGCCCCAUUUGUGUACCACCGAGUAGUUACUAUGUCAGCUGAGGACAUAGGUUGUGUUGGUUGCUUUUCUUUACACUGUAGUGCUGAGUUUACCAUCAGAUGUGAGCGUGAAGAGCACGACAAGGAAGGGUAAUUUCUCGGCCUCCUCGUUUUCUCUUGUAAAUUGAAUGCUGGAGAAGACGCUAGUAAGCAAGUCUUGAAAAUCCGAUAGCCUGUCCUUUUCAAUAAUGACGAAUAUAUCAUCCACGUAUCGGCGCCAAAACGUAGGUUUGUAAUGACUGAAAGCAACCUUUUUCAGAUCUUGGAGGACCAAUUCCACGACUAGACUGAAUAUUGGGGAACCCAUGGGUGUUCCCUUGAAGGUGCCACUGAAGGUGUGAAAAGUUCGUUGGCAGAAUGCAAAGAUUGGCCGCUCAGUCGUUACCCCUAAAAUGUCUUGAAAUUGUACUUCCAAGGUGUACGAAUAUGCCCGCUGAUGCAAAUUGGAUUCCACUGACGUUUAUAUGGGGUUCACUGCGCUUCGCGUUGGUUGCCGUCUUCUUUGUAAUGAUGGUCAGUCCGAAGUUAGAGCAACCGGAGUGUAAGUCCAUAUGCUCUUUUCAGAUGUGGUAUGAAGCGCGCAGUCAUCCAGGAGCGCAAAAUUGAGGACACCGGCCUUGAAUACUCUCAAAGGUGCUUUCAGGCGACAGAUGAUGAACAGGUUUCCUUCGGUUCGGUAGUUGAUGUUAGUACUCGGUCGUUCCUCACGGUUGGCCUCCAUCAACAUAGCGGAUAACAGGGGGCUCAACAGGGUGAGGGCGAGAAGGCCGCCCUGGUCCACCUCAUUGGCAACUGCGAACGCACCAGUGAUUGCCCCUCUGCUCGUGACGCGCGUCAUCGCCUCACUGUGAAGCUGACAUACCACAUGUUUGCAGUACUUCAGGCAUCCAUAUUUCAGUAUUAUGUUCCAGAGUCCACCGCGGUUGACUGUGUCGAAGGUCUUGUUUAAAGCGAGAAAGAUGUUUUAUAGGUUUCCCCUCAUCUCUUGUCGCUUCUCUUGUAGUUGGCGAGCUGUAAUGAUCAAGUCACGGCUCUUGAAAAUUCGCAGUGGCUUUCUGGGAGAAGUCCCUGUACCAGGGACAUGUCCAGACUGCUGAGGAGGACGCCAACGAAGAUUUUCCCCGCAAAAAAGAUUAGCAAGACGUCUCUGGGAUUGACACAGAAUUGUCGGUUUCCUUUGCACUUGCAUAUAUGGACAAUGGUCGCAUCUUUGAAGUCCUAGGGGCUUUGUCCUUGUCGUCACAUUUUCCAGAAAAGUGAGGUCAGCUUGGCGGUCAGCCUAGGACCGCCGCACUUAUAGACUUUGGCCGUGAUUGCGUCAGAUCCCGGUGCUUCUCCGCUGGAGAUCUGUUGUGUGACUCUGGAUUUUUUUGGGAGGAAAGGCGGGAGGCCCAGUUCGUUAUUCGUCUCCAAUUGAGAGGGCUGGCCGAUUAUGAUGGAAUGAAUUGUGUUCCGAAGUUUACACCCAUUGUGCUUCAACGACGGCGUUGUCUUCCGGGACCUGCAUUGUUUCCAGGUGCUGGGUUAAUCGAUUGCCAACCCGAAUCGGGGAGCAAACUCACUGCACAGAAUAGUAUUCAGGUUACCUGGGGGUCGCUUACCUUGCGGUCUUUUGCGGGGUGACAGCCGGAGCCUCAUCUUGAAGACGACUAGGCGGUGGUCCGUCCAGCCGCUGACGUUUCCGAUCACUUUUGCCACCGGCACGUCCUGUUGAUCUCGCAUUCGGAUGACAACGUAAUCUUGCAGAUGUCAGCGACGCAUUCUGGGGUGCAUCCACGCUGAUUUUUCCCGCAUCGGAAGGCGGAAGACAGUGGUUAGGAGGAGACGGCAUUUUGUGCCGAUUUCUGAGAGAAGACCGUUGUCGUUGCAGGCGCCAAGUCCAUGGGACCCAGUACUUCCUCUUAGGCAGCAUCAUCUUUUCCAAUGUUAGAACUGAGGUCGCCAAGAACAAUCAGCUCGCUCGCCUUCGGCAAAGUCGCCAGGGCGACCUACAGGUCUUUGCAGCAUUUGUUUUUGGUGCUGCCGGGAGUGGUCAUUGGACAGGUGCGUAGGAUCUGGUGACGGUGGCAAAUUGUGCAAUCCAAAGAGCCAACUGCAGGGUUGUCCGACUGUCUUUGCUGUCCCUGACAGACAGGGCAGUCGUCCCACGAUGUUGUUUUGAAUGGCAUAGACAACGUCGGCAUCGCGCCGCUGUACGUUUAGAAGGUCUCUCCAAAAGAAGAUGUGGUCGGCACCCAUCUCCUUCAGCUGAUCCCUUUCGGCCAAUCUGGUUUCGUUGACGGUAGCGGUAUCCACCUUGUAGCGCGUUAUUUCCUGAGUGACCGGUGUCAUCCUCCAUUCCGUCUGGAUUAUCUAAAAUAGAAUGGACAUUACAGGCCACCAGAGUGAGCAGAGUUAUUCAAGCAGCCUAUGGGAUGGACCGGAGUGGAUAAUAACGAGAUUUGCUGUUUGUCUGGUCGUUUUAGUCGCGGAUUUUGCAACUGCGAGCCACGGUCUGCUUUCAGAUGUCGUGAGUUCCCAGAAAUCGCAUAGAGCACCAUCUCUAACCCCUGAUCUCGCAUGGUAGGCAGCGCUAUCUCUAAACAUGUCUGCCUAGACAUUCCAUGCGUCUGCCGAACACCAUUAUGAGUCAUAUAUUUGUUUAAUAGAAAGACAACUUGGUUUAACCUGAGCCGCCUACGGGAUCUAAUUUCCCCCCUAUCCGUAGGACAGUUUGCACUGGAAGAAAGGCAAAGGGAUAGGAUGGGGAGCGGAAUUACCGAAUGUGAGGACACGACAUCAGAUACCUUCAUCUGGUUUAGUCCUCCGGUCAGGGCGGUUGUCAGAGUAUGGCCGCCAGGCAUAGCCCAGUCUCGAUGGGCUUCGGAUUUCAGUUGCGUGCCAGUUAAGGGGUUGCAGACCGGGGGAUGGGUGUUGCUAGUUGAUGACGGUCAGUAACCAGAAAUCGCCAUUUCAUUCUCCCUAGUCAUUAUCGGUAAUGCUAGCAUUUAGAGGGGGUAUUAGCCAAUCACGAAUUCAAUUUCGCAUCUACCAUCAUGGUCGAUCAGACUUGAUGCAAGACGAGCCGAGGAUUGAUUGAAGCCUGAACCUCGGAUGAGGUCUCCGUCCAUCGAUAUGUCGAUUUGGCGCCGACACACAGAGCCGUACACAGUCGCCUCCAGUCUUGCGCUGUCGGUCGAUGAUUGGCCUAAAUUCCCUAUAACUGUCGCUUGUUCUGUUGCUGUUACUAUCUCUGACGAUGGACUCCUACUCGAGUCCGAAAGCUCAGGACAAUAAACAAAACGUUCCGGUGCUCGAAACCUCUUCUUCACUUAUAUAUACGAUAAGGUGAAUUAUACAAUACCUUGUUACUUAAUUCAGGAAAGUAGGUGUGUAAACGUUCUUUGAGAUGUGGAGUUUAUCCAUAUCCCGAAUGUCUCGCGUGGAGGAUUGAAAAGUAAAAACGAGCACCGAGCGAAGUUGUUUGUUAUUUUAAGGAUCCGGGCUUUUCAAGAGUUGCGCCUUAGUGUAUAGAGAAUGCAAUAUAACAAUCGGUCUGGAGGGCCAAAAUUGCAAAACCUUAUCCUGAUACGUGGCACGUCUCUCAACUACAAAAGCACUUGCCUAAUCGUUUUGCGAGUCAUGAGGAGGAUAUUGCCGAGUAAUUGCCGCAGUUGUCAAUUUAAACUGCAAUGUUAAAGAGGCAGAGGACCCACCAUGAACUCGGUUGUCGGCUUUUCGCAAAAUACCUUCGCUGGUUAUGUGCGUUUACUAUCCAGAUAAAAGACCAUUCUUGUUUUAUAUACUCUGUUCAUGUUAUCGCUGAUCACACCAACCCGCUCGAAGAAUGGUUUAUACUUUAAGCCUUACCUUUGUUUCUGUGCCGUUUCCACAGGUCAAUGAAGGGCAGACUUCAUUGCCAGUGCUACGCGUUUGACGAAACAUUCAAGCCCCACAACGUUGAAAAAUUCGUCAUGGUAAGAAAACAUUAUUUUCAAGUGCGGAUAUGGACAGGCAUUUUUCAAUGACAAAAAUAUAAGACAUGCGAUUGAAACUGAGGUGUUACUUCCGGGUAAGACUACUGGUAUUCUGCUUAUUACAAGGCGUUAUUGAAAGCGUGGAAGUGACGCCCGUUCCUUGUUCUCUGUUGACACUGGAUAUAUUUAAUCGCCUGACUGGGACAGUAGCACGCGAAAACGGAAUCAUUAAAUCGUGCCUUGAUGAUACCUUUGAGUCGAUUCUAAUUUCCGAUGAACUUCGAAAGGCACGCAUUUUCACAAUAAUUGAUUUCUUAAGAUGCUUCUCAUUGAGGACUCUGAGAACUACUGUUUAUUUACUGAACAAGAAAGGGACGAGUUUCUGUUCAGGCUAUUUAAGCACAUCUGCAUCGGCGGCGAGCUCUGCCAGUUUGAAAACGAAAUAAAUCCCUACCUGGACUUCGUACGGUCCCUUUAUCGUGACCUCAUUAGGUUCUUAACCUGUUGCAAUUCUAAUUUCAAAACUUAGCGUCCAAAAGGACCAGGCUUCAAAGGAGCUUCGCAUCGUUUCCCACGUAUACUCUCUGAAAAUCAAGGUACUUCAGAGCAUUAUAUUAUAGGUUGAACUUUAUAUCUAAACUAAUCUUCAUAUUCUUUUGCCGGUUCUAACAUUUUCAGCACUUUAGGAUGAAGUAUAAGUAUAUUCGGUGACUGACGAAUACCAACAACUGGGCCUCGAUGCGUUUGCUGAGGUUCGAAUUAUAAGGCAAUUCGAACGAUAUGUUGAUAAUAUAGGUUAUCAGAGCAUAAAAACGCGCGGUUCAGAGUCGAGAGGCUUUUGUUUUCGGACAAAGUUUUGCUUGCAUUUUACGCUUAAACAAUAGGAUUGUAGAAGGCUUAAUUUAACGUGCGUUUUGUGAACAGUCUCUGGCGAACCGAUCGCUCAUAGAUUUCUGCUAAUUGUGCUUUCUACCAUAAGACGCCCAGAGCUGAACUGCUAUUUAGAUGACUGAGUAGGUUCGCUGUGGGACCAUCAGAGCGAUAUCGAAUCCCAUGACCUUGGCCCCACUCACGGACCAGAGCACAGUAGACUAUCUAAAGUCUAAAUUUUCCGCCUCGAUAGGAACGAAUGAAGCCCAAAGAGAUUAGAUAGAGUAUUUCGGUGGUCCAAAGUGAAAAUUCAGUGUUCCGUCUGGCAACAUGGCGAGGGUUACGAAAAAUCCGCGAGACAUGGCAUCUGAGAAACGGUAAAUCAGAUGAUGGCCAACGCUUUCCAUGGUAUGAGAACUUGUCCGUCGCCCACCGCUUCCAUAUGGUUAAAUGACAAUUACUGGCACAUGUGUAGUGGUCAUCUAUGCUCCCACGCUCGACGCUGACGACGAUGCAAGAGCGAGUACAACAAUUAAUUUGGUGGUGUUCUGACCUAUCUAUAUAUCUUCUACCGACAUCAAAAUGCUUACAUGCAUGAAACACGCAUGCCAGCAAAGCUAAACCAAGGACUCUUCAUGCCAACGUGAUAUGUACAAUCGGAAAAAGAUGCAGAGUGGCGUUUUGUUUCUUGGUUUCAAAGGCGUAACGCUUCAUCAAAUGAUUAUGAGGAAGGAUAUUUUUAUGCACGUUUUUCAUAGAAUAUGUUUGAACUUAUAAGGGGCGUCAAAAGUCGGUGAGAAGGUUUCUUACUAUAUAAAUAGCUACUUUUUACCGAGUGUGGUUUGCACGAGCGGCCGGAAAGAAGCCCACCCAAAUGCCAGUACCCUGGAGUGACUAAAGUGUUGCGGAAAUUUUCUGCACCAUAAUCAAUAUUACAAACCCACCUAAGUAAUCUUUUCUAACUAAAAAAACUCACUUCAAAAUUUCGGUUAACAUUUAAUAAGAUAGCUCAUCUAUUAUACGUCACAUGACACGCAGACCCAGGGACUAAGCGUUGGCCAGCAGCAUUAAAAGUUGUGUUACGCACGGAACGCUGUAGACCCAGAUUCAGGAUAUCGCUCUGUCUGACGCGCGAUCGGUGGGACCCAACCAAAACUGAUAAUUGCAGAAUUCUGUCAGCAAAUGGAAUUAGCUGAAUUAGCACAAGAAAACUCUGCCAACUUUUUGCUCUCAAGUAAAAGACAGCUCAGCAGACAGUCGGCUUGUCAAAGUUCAGGCGGGCUCUCCUAUCACAUCUUUGAGCGCCACCUAAUUCAGCUGUCAACAAUAUCUAAUCAAGGUGCUCAGCUCACCAUCGUCUAGUGCGCUAAGCGUGGCUUCUAUAACCGCUGCCCUUGUAACCCCCAUAAUUGCUACCGUACACUGACGUUCCGCGUCUUCGAAAUAACUGAACCUUGAUUGGCAACAGAUCGCAAGUCGAAGUUCUUAGGAGGACUGGGGAAGAUAUUUCAGCUAGUGUAACACACCGAUUCAGUCUCACAGAAACAUAGCGGCGCCGAUCUACUCCCUGCCUUUCUUCAAAAAGGGAGAGAAGAUGGAAUUUCACACCUUCAGAGGUGUCAGCUUAGUAGGAAUGGCCGCGGAGAUCUCCGCGAAUAUCCUAUUGAAUCGUUUUAACUUCGCCAGAGACGCGGGGACAGGAGGAGCGUUUCCAUUCUACGAGAAGCCAUCUGGGGGCCGUUCAGCCCACAGCAAAUCUCAGAACAGAACCGCUUCUUAAAAAAGCGAAUACGACGUUAGUUUCCUCGUUUACGCGGCAGUUUUCGGUCCAGUCAACCGAAAUGCGGUCUGGGAGGCCUUGCGCUCGAAACUUGUGAUCUUAGUGAAGGUAUACGUUUAGGUUAUGUGCCUGAAACCUUAACCAUAUCGCAACGAGAGUGGGUAUCUCAUCCCCAACGCUGUCAUCCGACAAUUUGAGUGCUCUCCUCGGUCCUUUCUUAGUUAUGUAAUAUUUGCGGUGCUAUUAAGAAGACCCCAUGACCAUCAAGGUGUCCAAGCACGAGCGGGUCGUUUCGUCUGGGACAUAGUUCUGCUUUGAAAAUAUUCCAAGGAAGUGCACUUCGCCCUUGACGGCAUAACAGUUGCGUUCCACAGAGGGGAGCUGAAAGUAAGCAUUUGGAAAACCAAUGCGUCACACCUUACGGCACUACCCCGUCCCGCUGGAUGGCGAGGAAUUUAGCGCAGCUAAAUGUUUUGUUCAACCCGGGUCUUUCGUGCUACCGACCAACAAAUGUUCGGGACUGUAAACCGCCGCCUAAAACUUUGAAACAGGAUGCUCUGCCGAUUCGGGAUUUUGACCCAAGGCAAGGUUUUGCAUAAAAACGAAGAUUUACAAAGACACGGUUAGAGCUGUCCUCUUCUGUCGGUCUCUACGACCUGCUGACUUCGAGAAGGUCGAGGUAACCGACAGUUGGUACCUUCAGGGAGUAAUUUAGCCUUGGCUCACGGACCACAGCGCGGAGAUCUCCAUUGGCACCGCGGAGGCAUCUUCUACGGGCGCCUUCUCAGCCGUCGUUAUGUGGAGUUCGUCCGCGGAGUUUUCGCUAGUAACCCCUCUUCCAUUUGGCACAGUCAUCAUGAGGCAGAGUAAACGGCGGACAAGUGUAGAUGAGUCAUGUCUUGAAGGAACUCUGGGGCCCAUCAGUGUCGGGGAGAUGAACUCCAAGUCGACUGCGAUCGCUGCGAGUCUAGUCAACAGUCGCAGGAUACGGGCCGCACCGCUUCGCGAUGCCUUGGACUCGGGAGUCUACUAAAGCAGAUUUUUGGCUCAAACAGAAAAGUAUCUCGAGAGUUGUUAUCAGCCAUGGUUAAUUCGUGAUACAAUGCCAGAAACCGUAACAAAACUUGUCUACUACCUCAUUAAGUAGAGAUCAGCAUAAAGGGUAGAAGCGUGGGCCGUAAUAAUCUAAUAUCCAAUUUGAACUGUAUAGGCAAGUUGCUUUGCGCAUUAACCUAUUGAACAUGCUUUUUUUCUAGAGAAAUAAUGAGGUGCUCUUCCCCGCGCCAGAAGAACAUCCGAACAAUUUCGCCUACUUUGUGAUCAAUCCAAACAGGAGACAUGCGGUUCUGAUUUCUCACGUUUUCGGUGUAGGACAGUUCUGA